AUGCUUCCGUAUCGCGUCGACAUCCAAAAGGUUUCUCAGGCAAAAAAAAAAAAUUUUUCUGAAAGGCACUUUUUCAAAUUGAAAGCUUCAUUUAGAAUAUUUCAACCCAUUUUUGGGGAUGUAGAACAAAUUAGUUUGCCGUUUUGAGGAAUUCAAAAUUAUUGGCAUGAUUCAUUUCUUUUCUUUUGAAUAGCAGUUACAAAGAGUUGAACUUUUUUUCUCUCGGUUCUUUCUUUUUAUUCGACGAUAAAACACGAGAGAAAGUUGGAAAACUUUAUUCUUAUCAGUUUUUUGUGUUUUUGGUUAGUUUUCUGUUUGAAUCGGUGAGUUUUUUUUGGUAAUUUUGGUUUGAAAAAUGAAAUUUGAGACGAGAAUCGAUUGAAGUUUUUUUCUUGACUAAUAGCAAUCAAAUCACUGAUCCGUGUGAAACCUAUAAAUUUCCAGUUAAAGAUUUUUGUUGGUCUUGGUUGGAAAAAUCGCUAUAAAAAGUACGUUUCACAAAAAUAAAGGAAUGUUUUCAUCAUUUUCAAUGAAAUUUGUUAUUUCAUCUCAUGAUCUUUCAAUGAGCUCUUUUUUUGUUCAAACUCAUUAAAAAUUCUCAUAAACUUGAGAACAAGUGAAAAAACGGCAGAAUAGACUUAAGUGUGCUUGAAAAUUUUUUGGAAUGAUUUGGUUGCGUUUUGAAGCAAGAUUUUUUUCUUGUUGAUGAAAACGCCAUAAAUGUAUUCAAAUAGACUUAUCUCCCUUGUGUCCUAUUCGAGGCGCUUUUUUUUUUUUUCAAAACGAGGCCAAUUGCAAAAAAAAUUUUUUUUAGUAAGAAAGAAGACUGGGAUGGGCUAUCCUCAACCGAACUUUUCUUGUUAGAUUUUAUGAGUUGAACAAUAAGUUUUAUUUUUUAUUCACUUUGAGCUUCUCUGCGCCUCUGAGCGCUGAAACCGUAGAAAUCCAGAAAUUAUAUUACUUUUAGUUUUGAGAAGUGAAACUGGAUAUGAAAAGGAAAAGAAAAUAGAAGGAUUUGGAAAAGGCUUGCAAAUGUUUCCUUCUUUUUUUCUAUGCGCAUAAUAGCACCACUAAGAAUAACUGCCGAGAUAAACGCGAGACACUGGCGGUACAUUGACGAGCUCGCAAACAUCUCGCUUUUUUUCUCGCGCCGGUCUCGCAUUUUUCUGGACGCGAGCUCGCAUUUUUCUAGGCGCGAGCUCGCAUUUCUCUCGCAAUUUGAAAAUUUCCGAAAUGCGAGAUAAAUGCGAGAUGGCGCCAAGAAAAAUGCGAGGUCGCGCCGAGAGAAAUGCGAGAGCGCGCCUAGAAAAAAGCGACAUUUUUGCGAGUUCGUCAAUGUACCGCCACCGACCUCGCGUUUAUCUCGUCAGUUAUUCUUAGUGACUAUCGCGCGAAAAUUGGGCUGUUAUUGUAUGAAAAUGCGCUUUUACAAUCUAACGAAGUUGAUAAUAUAAAAAAAAGAGGCGUAUCGCUUAGAACAUCUAACCAGUGUCCUCGAAAGUUGAAAGCGCUCCGCGGCUGAAUCCAGAAGAAUGAGGCUCCUUUUUCCGGGAGGACCGUCUAUCAUGCCAAUAUUUCUGAGCUUAUCCUGAGGCCAUGCCAAAAAAGUUCACUCAAAAAGGAAGUUUGUCGCGUGGCGGCAGAUUCCGUCUUGCGUCCUUUGAGCCAAAAAGGUGGCCCACUUGUAAUCGAAUAUGUGAUGGUGAAGGCGGCUCUCAGGAGCUCAAAGCUGCUCCCUCGAAAAAUAGGCGGACCCUCGUUCUUGCCGCUUUUCCCUGCACCUCGACUUUCUGACCGUGUGUGUGUGUUUUUAUUUAUUUCUGUCGACCGUGAACCUCCGACAAAAGGGUCUCACGGAGAAUGGCAGACGACCUUUUGGAAUGCGUCGACGAGGUUCGCAUCAGAAUAAACAGAACACGCGAAGCGAUCAUUUCAAAUUAUGGUGGAAUCUCUUCAGAUUCUUAAAUAAUGGUUUCGAGAUUUUGAUUUUCUGCAGUCAUUCUUUUCACAUCUGGAUAAAAAUCCAAACAGAGCAAUUUUUCGCCAUCACAUUUUUCUAUGAAUUUUCAACUCAAUGAAGGUCACAAAAAUGAUUAUAUUUUCUGUUCUUUUUUCUUUUUCCGCUUCUGACCAUCAGUACGGAAAGUUAUAAGUCUGAGAAAGUCGAAGGGGAUGUUCGAAAUCAAAUCUUCUGGGGUAGAUUUGGUUGAAGUAACUGGAAAAAUACUCAAAAAAUAUCGAAAACGUUCAUUCAGAUUGAUAAUCAUUUGCUAUGCCUCAAUAAUAAUAAAAAAAAUUCCUCGAUGAGAAGCUAUUCUGAAACUUACUCCGUGAUUUCGCGGAGAAAGUUCCUACCGUUGGCUGGCAUCUUUGGAGGAUCUCUCCGAAGAUCCCGUCUAGCCGGCUGCCAUUUUCUCGCGCAUAAUUCACUUUCUCGUCUUUCGUUUAACUUUUCUUUCAGCCAAAAACCUUCUUUCGACGAUUUCGAAAUCUAAAGUGGGAGACAAAAAAGGAAAAAAAAACAAGUCGAAACGAGCAUUUGGCUCCUCCCAAAACUCUGCCUUUAUAAUUCGAACGUUGUUUUUUUGAUUUCUGUUGAUUUUAUCGCAGUCAAACUUUGCUGCUUUUUUGUUCACCUGUUUAGAAAAUCAAGUUUUUGAAUAGCUUCAAUAUUUUUCGAAAAAGAUAAAACCUCUCUAUCCCAUUUGUUCCGACCGGAAACAGUCUGAUUGACGCUCUCUUUUCCCUCGGCGACUCUCAAAUGUUCACGUGUGCAUUUCAUGCUUCUAUUGGAGAGAGAAAAGAGGGAACAGACAGGCCAGACUGUUUAGCGAAUGCAAUAAGGAUAUCCAGAAUGUUGUGAAGAUGACAGUUUUUCAUUUCUAGGUAAAAAAAAAGUUACUGAAAUUUGGGGAAAUUGGAUGAGCUCCCAAGUAGUUGUUUCUUUUUCAAAGUUGUGUCUGAAGCUUUUUUGUGAAAUGCGAUUUUUAAAGUUCCUAAAUUGCAACGAAAAUUUUCUUCAAAUUUAUUUUUACCUUAUUUUAGUUCAUUGCACUCACGACUUCAUUUUUUGGGAUUUAGCAGCUUCAGACGCAAAAGCCCAUUUAUUCAAUCAGAAAAUUGAAAUUAUGCAAAACGGUCGAAAAAAUUGCUUUUUCCAUCUAUCCUUAUUGAUUUGCGAGAAUGAUAAAACAGUCAACAUUCUUUAUUACUAUCAGCGAUUUUUUUGUUUGUUUUUGUAGAUAAUUUUCGACGGGAGAAAAAACUCGUACAGAAGCCUCGACGUAGUGGCAGCCUUCUUAACUCUAAGAACUAGAAAAAUAAAUAGUCGACUUUUCUUUUUUGGAUAUAUUAAAAUACAAACAACUGAGAAGCAUAAAAAUCGCAUAAAAAACUGGAAAAAGUCGAAUAAAUUUUCAGGAGCUCGGCACCAGCGGAGCCCAAGAACGCGAUUGGAAAGGAAUCGGCACGGCUCUCGUCGUCAUCCUCAUGAUCUGUCUUCUCAUCGUCUGCGCCCUCGUCAUGUUCACGCCCUGUAGGUCCUAUCUAUUUUGCUAGUUACCAUAUGAGUAGUUAUAAUAUCACAUUGAGCACAAAUUUAAAUAUUCACUUUUAUUUUCAAAAAAUAGGGAGUGAGAGCCGGGUUAAGAUGAUCAUGUUGGCACUUGAAAUAUGUAAUUAAAAAAGCUUUUGUGCAUUUGUUCAUUUUGAGGAAAUGCACAAAAAACAUUUUAUUUGACGACUCUUUUUUGUGGGCGGAACGUAACUCAGGAAACGCCGUGUUUCGCUAAUCAUGUCAAGUUCUUAUUCUUGGAAAAAUCACUCAUUCUUCCUUGUUUUUCUAGGACUUUCAAGCACAAAAUUAUGAAAAUCCGAAAAAUGGCAAAUCGUGUUGUCUAUAGAGCAACUUUACUGUAAAACGCACUAUUGACGCACUCAAACUUUUCUCUCCUCUGACUUUGAACUGUUUUUUUCUCCAAAAGUAGUUCUGUACGUUUCUAAGCUCCCCGUUCGACAGGCAAGAGAGAGUUCUACAAUAAAAGUGUCGGACCUAUUUCAUUGAGCAUUUUGUGCCUUUCCAGCAUUGAUUUUAUUCAACUUUCCAUGAUUUUGAUAAUAAUAGAAGAUGAGUAUCUUUAUUAUUGUAGUCUACAAAUUUGCAGAGCUCGGUCGUAAACGUAGUUUUCAUCUUUUUACACAUGAAGCUUUCAUUGAAAAAAAAGUAAAAAAAGAAAAAAAUUAAUAUUAAAAAAAUUUCAAGCAAAAAUGAGAGAAUAAGGGGGCGUGGCUCAUGGUAUAGGUUCAAAGUCAAUGAAAAUACCUACUGACUCGACCUCAAUGGGUGUUUUGAUGCGGAAGUCGUGAGCCCAGCAGAAAAUAGUUGAGGAUCGACGCAAACGAGUGUUGUAAUCCCCAUCCAAUCGCUUUUCGAUCUUGCAACUUUGCUUUGCGUCCUCGGGGGUCUCGAAAAUAUCAUCGAUUGGAACCCAGCCAGACAGAGGAUCUCAGCUCAUCUACUGGUUCUUGAAUCCAAUCUUCUCAAAAAAGGCUUUUGUUGGAUCUCACCAUUUUGCUCAAACUGAGUGGAAAUAUAUAGAAAAUUUUUGAAUAGAGUUAGUAAUGAGGUUUUUUUUGAACUAGAAGGAUCAGAACGUCAAAAAUAUGUAUAAAACUCGACACGAAUUUUUAGUGACGGCGUCUUCGCACGUGCUGCCACGGCGACUGAAUCUGUCGGACAUGGGCGUUUUGAGACCGGGAAUUUUCGAUGUGCCGCGCUUCGUGGACGGCAAGACGUUGUUGAUGGAGACGCGUCGCGGCUUGGAAACUAUAAGGGCCGACAAGCCUACGAGUCCGCGGAUUGUCUUCGAACAUCAGUCCUCUGUAGGUUGAGUCGAGACGUCACCUAUGAGUUCCUUGGAAAGAAAAAUAUUAUAGCCUGUGCCACGACUUGGAAUUUCAUCAAAUGACAUUCCGCUGUGCCGCUGCGCGCCUUUACGAGCCUUGGUCGCGCUUUUAAUUUUUUUUUCUUUUAUCAAGGUACUCUACUUUCAUGUGCUCCCACAGCAAUAACAAUCAAUUGAAAGCGUGACCUAUAUUCAAAAAACGCUUCGCGAACACACGCAGCGGAACAGCGGAAUGUCGUUCGGUGAAAUUCCAAGUCGUGGCACACAGACUAUAGCUAGGGGACGUUUUUAGGCAACGGUUGAACUUUUUGCUGAAACAUCACUGAGACUGUAUUUUAGGGCCACUUGAUUCCAAAACAAGAAAAAUCGUUUCUUAAGAAGAGUGUUAAAACUCAUCUAAUGGGCAAUUUCUUAUAAUAAAUUAGUGUUAAGACAAAAAAUCAAACAUCAAAGAUGCAAAUCUUACAGUUUAUGAAUGCAAUUCCUUCCGCAGACCUCAAGUUCUUCGCAGCAAUGAGAAAAGCUCCCAAUCCGGUGCGUCUAUCAUUCUUUCCACGAAAACGAGACUUUCAGGGAAUGAACGUCAUGAACUCAACAUACUUCAUCAAGAUCAUCGAUGCCGAAACAAAGUAAAAAAUCGAAUUGAACCUUUAAUAUUUCUUUUUGGAGAGCCGCCUAUGACUUGGGUGAUGGCAAGCAGUCUCAGCAGGGGUUCCUGUGGAGCUCGACAGGAAACGACUUUGUGAGCUGUUCGAAAAAUACAGUGUUCCGAAAGCUAUGAUUGAAGGUGUACGUGGAGAACAACGAGAUCUUCUAUGUGAAGUCGCCGACGUCGGGAGAUCCCGUUCUGGUGAGCGACCGAAGACAUCGACGCGACCUGAUAGUCCACGGACUCUUCGACUGGCUCUACAUGGAGGAAAUCUUCGACCGCAAACGAACGGCUAGUUGGACCAAGUAUGACUCGAAUCGGCGGUUUCAGGCGAUGUGGUGGUCGCCGAGUGGAGCCAUGCUCGCCUUCGCCUCCUAUGACAAUAGCCUCAACACCAACGUCACUUUGCAGAGGUUUUCUUUAUUUUCAAAAACAGCUAAUGCCAUCAUUAUCAUCAUCAGUGUAUUCAUCUUGCAACGAUUAAAACUUUUCUAAAGGCUUUUUUUAUCCUAUUGAAGAUAGUUCAUUUUUCAAUUCUUAGUGAUUUUAGUAUCAAUGUGAGAACGUAUUUAAUGUCCAACUUGCGGGUAAAAAGCUGCUUACUUCAAACAACUUUUCAGGUUCCUACCACUCGAGUCUUAUACUUUGGACACUUCGAUUAGCUAUCCAAAGGUCUACUCAAAAAGAUUGCCUCUCUACACGAUGACCAUUUGGCACAAGGCCAAGCAAGAGUCAAAGCAGCUGAACAUCCAACUCCGCGACAGCCUGUUCGUAGCCAUUUUAUCCCUGCAAAAACUAUUUUGCAGGUCCUACCAUUACUUGUUCGCCGCCCGCUGGGUGCUGCUGGGAGGCGUUGAGAAGCUUGUAACUACCUGGGCGGACCGCUUCCAAACAAAGAUCUCUAUUACAAUCUGCGACUUCGACUCGGCCACCUGCGACUUGGUUAUUUUGGUUGAUUCAAGGCUCUCUUUCAAACUAAAAUUGAAGGCUUUCGAGUACGAAUUCGCCGAGAAGAGAUGGGCUUCUCCAGACGACUUCCACACGUUGAUGGCUUCCGGAGACUCUCUCUACUUCCUACUGCCUCACGACGUCAGGGACAACUCCUAUCAGCACGUCGCCCGGCUCGUCGUUUCUGUGCGGAAAAUUUCCAUCAGUUGUCUAUUUAUUUGCUUGAGGAGGCCAAACCGAAAGCUAAGCCCGUUUUUGUUCAUUCCGGCGACUUUGAUGUGCUUUCCAUCACUGCGAUUGACGAGGCUGGUGGCAAAGUGUGAGUCUUGCGAAUAUGAUUUCGACCAAAAUAGACUGAAACAGUUAGAAUUUUUCCUUCUGUACUCUCUUGUAAGAAAUUCGAUCUUCCUGAAAGUUUCUUAGUGGGUUUUUUUUUCUGUAAGAUGAAACUUCAUCAGAGUGUUAAAAAUAACAGUCAUUACUACUCCAAAAAGUUUCAGAAAGACUGAAUUCCUUACAAGAAAGGUGUGACCGAAACCCACUUUUUUCGUAUCUUUUUGGACGGUACCCGACUUGAAAGGCGAGGGAGGCGGGGCAAGGGGCGGGACGCGUAGCGUGUGCGUACGCGGUUCUUGGCGUUCAAUUCAACCGCCGCCGACUUUUUAAAAAACUCUGCAGCCGCUCUUUUUCAAUGUUUUCUAUUAUUUUUGAUGCACACAUGAGAUUCAAAAAAGAUGAACAGUCGCUGGCGGUUGUAUUGAACUUGUGCCAAGAACCGCGAACGCACACGCUACGUGUCCCGCCCCUUUCCCCGCCUCCCUCACCUUUCAAGUCUUGAAAAAUUGACUAUACUGUAUGUAUUUCAUCUUUUUUGAAUCUAAUCUUCAUGGAAACGUUGAUUGAAACGGUAGAAUGUUGCUUUUUGAAGUGUUCAGUCAGUUCUAGUCUUAAUUUGGUUAUUCCAAAAGACCAAUUAUGUAUAGAUACUUUCUCGCGGCUGCUCCCAAACCAGGACAACGGCAUUUAUACUCGGCCCAAAUUUCCGCUGUAAGUUUCGGGCUUGUGGCUCAAGCUUUAUCUAUUUCAUAGUUCAUGAGCUUUUUGACAGUUCCUUUUUGAAUAGGAGAGCGCGGUUGUCCCAGAAUGCAUAACUUGUGGGAUCGAAAACUGCACCUUCCAAGUUGCCGACAUUUCGAGUGACUUCAGUCUCGCUUCCGUGUUUUGCCGCGUGAGUAAUUUUCCUAUCAAGAUUCAUAUGCAUUUUAUUUCAAGGGCCCAGAAGCUCCAUUCACGACGGUCGUCGACUUGAAAACACCUAAAAGCCGUCCAUCGUCCUCACCAAAAUGUAUUACGAGUUUCCAAAAAAUGUUUACUUCUUAAAAGUUUCAUUAAAUUCAUAAUUUCCUCAUUCUUACAAAAGUGUCAUGAGUUCGUUAACCACAAAAGAAAGUUUAAUGCUUUUUUUCAUGUCCGCACUUUUUUCAAAUUUUGUAGACCGAUUUUCGAGAUGAAAGUUGUGCAGGAAACGGAAACCGAACCAUCUGUUUUUCAUUUUCCUCUCGCUUUCUAAGAAUAUAAUACUCUAAAAACCCUCCGACGAGGCACAUACAUAGCGUUUUGAACUCUUCGAAAUCAAGGAUACUCUAAACGCUCGGUUUGCAGGGUGGCACUUGCUCAAUGACACGGGACUGGUGGAGGCCGUCGAGAAGGCCGACUUGCCGACUCGUACCCUUGAGACGAUCCGUCUAGCCGACGGAUACGGUGCGUUGACCCUUCCAAAAAACAUCCCAGUCUUGCUGCAGAGGCUGUCGUUCGCGUCACACUUCCGAAGGGCCUUCUUGCCAGCAAAGAAAAGUCCAAAUCGGUGCCCGUCCUUGUUUUUGUGUGAGCUUCGUUUGGCUUUUCUGAGCCACACUGUUCUCAGGUACGGCGGUCCAAACUCGCAAUCGGCGACUGAAGAGUUCGGAGUCGACUUGACGCAGGUGAUUUCCUCGCAGCAACACGUGGCUAUCCUUCAAAUCGACGCUCGCGGCUCUGGAAAUCGCGGCUGGAAGUAUCGGUCGCCUGUUUAUGGCCGUCUCGGCUCCAUCGAGCCUCAGGAUCAAAUUGCUGCCAUCAGGUCGAAAAGAAUUUGAACGAGACAGCGUACCAGAUAUAUAGAUAGCAAAGCCCCGCCCCUUUUUGCAAAUGUGAAAUGAAUGGAGUUUUUGGUCAUUUUGUUUGUUGUUUUCGUUAAAGCUUUUUUUUAUUCUCAAUAUUUUCAAAAAAUAAACUAAACGGUUCUGAAUUCGGAAUGGAAGCAGCUAUUAAACAUAGAAGAUCAAAGCUCAAACAUUUUUUGAAAGUUUGGUUGCGGUAGAUAUACUUUUCUUUCAAUUUCUUCUUGAAGAAGCAUGGAAAGUUCAAAAAAAAAACUUGUUUGUUCCAUAAUCGAAAGUCAAAUCCAGCUUUUUUUGCAUUUUUCAAUCCAAAAAAAAAGAAUACUUUCCCGUCGGUUUUCCCGCAGAAAAAUAUUGAAAGUUUAAUUCGAGACGCAAUAUAGUCGGAACCUAUUGAAAUUGAGUCCUAAAAGUUUCAGCGGAAUCGUGUCACGAUAUCCAUUUUUGGAUGGGAAUCGGGUGGCUGUCUUCGGCUGGUCCUACGGCGGCUUCAUGACGCUGCGAAUGGUGGAAGAGGCGCCGCCGUCCUUUUUCGAGUGUGCCAUCAGCGUCGCCCCCGUCGUCAACUUCAUGUACUACGGUGAGACGCGUUGUCUUCCCACGAACCGGUGGAUCAUUCUCAGACGCGACCUACACGGAACGGUACAUGGGCGACGCGAGUAGAGCCGCCUACGAGGUUGUCGACGUCUCUCGUGACGUCAGCAAGUUCCAGACGACUCGGCUGCUCCUUAUGCACGGUCUGUUCGACGGUAAGCCCUUGAACGCUGUCCUUAACCAUCUUCCUCUUUUAUUUUCAGAGAAUGUUCACUUCCAGAACAGUGCAAUAUUCAUGGAGCAGCUCCAGGCAAGAAAUAUCGACUUUGAUUUCAUGGUGAGAGUUUUUUGAAGUUUAAAGCUUAUGGCGAGAAAAAAAAACUUCAAAACCUUAAAAGACCUUUCAACCUUUUAACCAAUUCCUCGUGGUCCAAAAAAAAAGUGGAAGUUUGGGAGUUAGGAAGUUUUGGAGUUAGGAAGAAAAUCAGUUGAAGGUUUUGAAGGUUUAAAAAACUAAAAAAGAAAAAAGCGCCGUACAGAGCUCAAUGAAAAAAAAUGAAGUGAAUCGCGGGCAGAGCAGAAUAAUUUUUGAUCCAAAAUGACUUAUUUUCAAGUUGCCUGCAGUGUUCUAAAACAUAAAAACAGAAAAAUAAAAAAAAAGUUUUUAGGCGUAUCCGAACCAAGCUCAUUCUAUCUCCGAGAGAAAGCCCCACGUCCACAUGAAGAUUGCCACUUUUCUCCAACACUGUUUCUAUUCUGAAUGA